AUGGAGGUGGAAGUUGCCGAAGUCAUCAAGUGUGCGCUCUUCCUGCCCGGAAUGCAUUCACAACCCACACAGGGGGUUGGAAAGAGUGUUGAUAUUAUUAUAGCAUGGAUUGAGGAAUUUAAGGCCGUUCAGUUGACAGAUGAUGCGGGAUGGGCAAGGAACCCAAAGACCACCAUUGCACAACUGGAGCCGCAGUUGAGUGUAUAUAGGCUCCAGGAUCCUCUGGAUUCUCUCAGCAGCCAUACACCAAGAAAUGGCGACAAGGUUAGGGAACUAGUACUAGCAAAUGAAUGCGGGGAACAGUGGGGAUAUGGCAAAGGCCCAAUGAUAAUGGCCGAUUGA